UUCUGCUUUUUACAAAGCAUAAACAAGGACGUAAAACGGUAUAUUCCGACUUCACGUAGUAUACUAUCUCCCGAUCAUAGAGCAUGAAUCAGUUUUGUUUUGUGAAAGUAGUAAAGAGUGUAUGUGACGUUUCCCCAGCCGUUUUCGGUCCUGUCAAAAUAUUCACAACACUGGGUUGUAAUUAGGUUUUUCGAGUGUAUUUCCGGUAUUUUGGACGAUUUGGUGUUAGUUAUGUGUGCGAGUGAUAGUGAAUGUUAAAAUAUGCGAUAAAAUGCCUUUGGAAUCAGAGUAAUUUGCAAAAAUACAGAUAACGCCCGAAAGAAAUGUUCAAUUUUAUCAAAAAGGCAGGAACCGGAGUCACGUACGAUAAAGAUGACAAAGAGAGGAGAAAGAGAGAGAAGAAAGAGAAAAGAGAGAAACAGAAAAGGGACAGAGCCAGCUUGUCUACUGAGGAAAUUCUAAGACUAGACGAGGUUAGGAAAUCAUUAAAAAUCGGACGUAGGAAAGAGAAAGAAAAACUACCGUCGGGCAUCACGGCCGACUAUACCGCCGACUUCUUGGCGAGUCUAGAACGUGACGACCAGUCCUCCUACACCAUCCAGGACUCGCCUUCCCACACGGGCCACUUCCAGGACGGCUACACGCAGAGCGACAGCUCGGAGACCAGUCUCAACUCGUUGAACCAACCGCACCGCCAUCAGAAGGUGCCGCCGGCGCUGCCCCCCAAGCCGCCCAAGAGGGGCAUCCUGAAGGCGCCCAAGGCCGCCAGGGGCGGAGAGAACGGCAGCAUGGACGCGUUGGACCACGCCAACCUGGCCAGGAACACGCUCCAGAACGAGGUGAUCGAGUACCAGAACCUGCAGAACGGCGGCGGCGUCAGGACGAACGGGAAGAACGUGUCGGAGCAACUCCUGGUGAUCACGUCGACGUCGCCGAGCGGCGACUCGUACUCGGACACCACCAAUUCGAGCUUUGCGACGCCGCCGUUCUCGUUGAGCCCGAUCGGGGAGUCGCAAGGAUUCCAUAGAUGGAAUCGAACGUCGAAUCUCGAAGAUCUCAACCUACCCUUACCCGCCAUAGCUCCCCUUGUCCUGCCGCCCCCGCGUACUCUUACCAUUCCGCGACAGAAGCCACCUAGGACGGACUUCGGCUUUUCUCUGCGCCGCGCCAUGGUUCUGGAGAGGGUGCCCGGCAAGGACACCGGUUCUUCCAGCGUGGUCAACAUGAGGGCCGUCAUCUUCGCGGAACCUGGCGCCAUGGUGCAGAACGUCAACGAGACCGGUCUACUACCCGGUGACAAACUCCUGGAGGUCAACGGCGUGCCCGUCCACGACAGGACCAGAGAGGACAUCAUCGACAUGAUAAAGGCCAGCGGAGAUUUCGUGACGCUCAAGGUGCAACCGGUAGCGGAAUUGAGCGAGCUCAGUAGGAGAUCGGCCCAAGAUGGCGCUGAGAUCGUUCUGGACGACUCUAACAUCAAGGGAGGCACGUUGAGGAGGUCCGGAAGUUGCAGGUUUAAGAAUUCUGCUACGGCAAAGACUGAAGAACAUCUACUUAAGGAAAAACAAUGGUUGGAGAGGGAGAAAGUAUGGUUUAUGCACAGAGGGGGCUUCACACAAGCGACAAAAAUUCAAGACGAACUAUUGGAAUCGGGAAAGGUCAAAAUACACAUCGACCAUACAGGCGAAAACCUGAUUGUGGACGAGGAUGAUAUUGAAAUCGCCAACCCACCUCAAUUCGAUAGGGUCGAGGAUUUGACCCAUCUGAGACGACUCAAUGAAUCUAGUAUUCUCCACGUCCUGCGGCAGAGAUUCGCAUUCAAUCUCAUUCACACUUAUGCAAGUACCUCAACCUUGAUUGUUAUCAAUCCUAUGGCACCUUUGGCUAUUUAUUCUGAAAAGGUGGUUUCACUUUUCAAAGGCUGCAAAAGCGAAGACAUGCCCCCACACAUCUAUUCAAUAUCUCAGUCGUCAUACCACGGCAUGAUUUCCACGAGAAGGGACCAAUCUUUACUUUUCUUAGGUCGGUCGGGCUCAGGAAAAACAACGAAUUUCAGACAUGCCAUUCAGUAUCUGGUGACAUCUGCCGGCUCUCUCAACAAAGUGGUUACUGUGGAAAAAUUAGCAGCCUUAUGGACGGUGUUGGAGAAUUUCGGAAACUGCAAGACAGUAUUGAAUUCGAACUCGACUAGAUUCACGCAGAUUUUCAGCUUGGACUACGAUCAGAGCGGAGUUGUAGCUUCGGCAAGCAUACAGAUUCUUCUCCUUGAGAAAAGUCGAAUAGUCAGAAAAUUGGAUCAAGAAACCACAUUCCAUAUAAUGCAAAGAAUACUGUGUGGAGUUGAAGGUAGACUCCGCAAAGAACUUCUUCUAGACAAUGUUUCUGGCAAUGAAACCAACCACUUCUUCACUCCUUUGCAAAAACACGAAGAUAGACAAAGGGCCCAGGCAGAGUUCAUCAAGGUUUGCUCUUCCAUGAAUAUUCUCGGCAUCACCGAGACCGAGCAGAAAAUGAUAUUCACAGUUUUAGCUGCAAUAUAUCAUUUGGGUUGUGCCGGAGCUGCAAAAGCUCCCAGCAAUAAUAGAUAUCAGUUUGCAAAUCCGCAAGCAGCUCAGAGGGCUUGUACUUUGCUCGGAGUGAAUGUAGAAGAUCUAUCUAGGCUUCUUUUCAGUACUACUUCUGGUGGCAUGGUGACACCAAAUGCUCCUAGGGCUCCUUUAAGGACUCCAUCUCCUAUUGACAGAGGAUUUGACAGAGAAGCAGUUGGAAUGGAAGCCAUAGAAGGACUUAUUAUUGGACUGUACUCGGAGUUAUUCAAUUGUGUUGUUUAUUUGUUGAAUAGGUCAUUAUCUGCACCAAAUCACUCUGUGUCGUCCAUCUUGCUGGUGGACUCUCCAGGCUUUCAAAAUCCAGCCACGUGCGGACAUCAGAUAGGCGCUACCUUCGACGAUCUAUGCCACAACUAUCUGCAAGAAAGGCUGCAAUUACUCUUCCACAACACUAAUCUGGUGGCGCCAAAAGACAAAUACGUCCAAGAGAACAUCGAUAUCGACUUCGACACGAACGAAAACGAAAGUCAUGUGAAUCCUUUACCUCUUGUCAACCUUUUGGACAAGACGGCUCAAAAUAGCGUGGUACGAACUUCUUACGCUGAUCUUCAUGAGGCUGAUAGGCGAGGACUCUUGUGGCUGUUAGACGAGGAGGGAAUAUACCCAGGCUCGAGUGAUGAAUCCUUCAUCGAAAGGCUUUUCACGCAUUAUAGCGACAGAGAUCAUCAGUUGUUACUCAGAAAAGCUCCAGGAAAUAACCAAUUUCUACUUCAUCACCUUCAAGGUACCAAUCCAGUUCUUUACACUGUCAAGGGAUGGCUGAAGAGUAGCAGAGAGAACCCUUUGUCAAGAGCCGCAAUGGGCCUCCUGUUGGAAAGUUGCAGGGAAGAUUUGAGCAAGCUCUUUGUUAACGUUAGAGGCUUAGGAGGUUCAUCUGCUAUGAGUGGAUCUAUGUUGGCAAUAGACGGUUCUCAGUCUUUGAAAAGGGCUUCCAGCAUGAGAAGAACGUUUGGUGGUAAUGCUGCUGCGAAGAGAAGAAGCGUUUGUCUCCAGACUAAAUUCACCAUCGAUGGUCUGAUAGAAACUUUGAGGCGCACCAAACUAAGAUUCGUCCAAUGCAUGCUGCCAUGUCACGAUGCUGCAUGCAACGACGUCAGUUCGAAUCUUUUGGGAGUUAAGAAUGAAGGAAUCAACGACUUGAUCAAUUUACCUCUGUUGAGAUCUCAGAUACGAGGGGCCCAAAUUUUGGACUCUGUGAGACUCAACAAACAGGGAUUCCCUAAUUAUAUGCCUCUAGGAGAGUUUAGGCGACGAUUCAAGUUACUAUCGGGUGAUAUAAAAUCAUCUUGUCCGAUACUAGAUGAAAGGAAAGCAGUUGAAGAUAUGUUACAGACAUUGGAUUUGGAACUGACAAGUUAUAGAGUCGGAUUAAGUGUGGUAUUCCUCAGGAAUGGGAUUCUCUCGCAAUUGGAAUCUCAGAGGGACGAGUGCCUCGGAGGUUUGGUGGUCAAGCUCCAGGCCCACUGUCGAGGCUAUUUGGCUCGGAAACGACUCUCUCAGAGAAAACUCCAGGACCUGGCCGUCAGAUGUAUCCAGAGGAACGUCAGAAAGUUCAUGCUGGUGCGAGAUUGGCCUUGGUGGAGACUCUUGGUCAGAGUUACGCCCCUACUUAACGUCCAUAGGACGGAGGAGAAGCUUAAGAUGAAAAUGGAGGAAUUAGAGACACUCAGAGCCAAAUAUGAUAAGAUGGAACAGGAGAGAACACUUCUCAAACACGAGAACGAUAAAUUGGAGGCCAAGAUGAGCGACAUGGCCGCAGAUCUGGCCGAAGAACAGUCGGCGGCGACGUUGGCCACGGAGAGGCUGGAGGCCGAGACCGGCGAACGUUUGAGGCUCGAACGAGAGCUGUCCGAGAUCGCGUCGAAGAACAAGGAGCUGAACAGGACCAGCGAGAGGCUCGAGAUGGAACUGCUCUACGCCAGAUCCGAUCUGAACGGCAUCUCCGAGGAGGACGACGAGGAGAACGACGCCGAGGGUGGCGGCGUCUACAAACAGCGGUACGAGAGAGUUUUCAGGGAACUGGAAUUCACCAAGAGGCGGUUGAGGCAGCAACACGAGGACGAUCUCGAGCAGUUGGUGGGUUUGAAAAAACAACUCGAGAAAAAGUUGAACGACGCUUACGAGGAAGCUGAAGAACAGAGACAGGUCGUAGGACAGUGGAAGAACAAAGUGCAAAAGUUGAACGGUGAAAUGAACGACCUAAAGCUUUUACUUGAAGAGCAGAGCGCCAGAAACAACCUCCUCGAGAAGAAACAGAGAAGGUUCGACUCUGAGACCCAAAUGUUGAACGAUGAACUGAAGAAAGAACGGAAUGCCAAAGAGAGAGCUGUCAGGGAGAAAGAGGUCCUUAUGACGGAGAAAUACAGUGUUGAAACUGCCCUUGCGGACACCAGAUUAGAACUUGACUUGAAAGAACAGAAGUUGAACGUAUUACAAAGGGAAUAUGACGAAUUAACUUGCGGAGAACGUACAGAGGAGGAGAUCACAAACCUCAGGAGACAAAAAAUCGAACUGGAUAGAAAAGUAAAGGACCAAGAGGAAGAAUUGGACGAGCUGGCCAGCCAAGUGCAGUUGUUAGAACAGGCGAAAUUAAGGUUGGAAAUGACUGUUGAGAGCAUGAGGAAGGAAGCGAAGAAAGAGGCUAAUCUGAGGGACGAGGAGAUGGAGGAAAUGAGGGGGAACGCCCAAAAGAGAGUGAAAGCACUGGAGGCUCAAUUAGAGAACGAACACGAGGAGAGAACGAUGCUAUUAAGGCAAAAACAUGAGUUGGAGAGAAGAUUGGCUUCAGCUGCCGAAUCCGAGAGACAUGACAGAGAAGGAGACGAGGUCUUGAUAAGGAGACUGAAAAAUGAUCUUCGUAAAACCAAGGCCUUACUUAGAGACUGCCAGACCCAGCUGGACAUGCAGAAGGCUGAUGCACCAGGCAAGAACGUGAUACGACAACUGAAAAACCAAGUAGAAGAUUUGGAGAGCGCCAGAGCACUGGCGGUGAAAAUCAAGCAGAGUCUCGAGGCCGAACUUUCAGACACCCAGUCGCAGCUGGAAGAAUCCAACAAAAUGAAACGGGAAGCCGAAGAGAAAGCGAACCUUCUAGCUAGGGAGAAGAGCGAGCUCCAAUCGCAACUGGAGGAGAACGAGGAGGAGUUGGCCGAGGUGUUCAAGAAGUACAAGGCAGCCAUCCAACAGAUGUCUCUAGAUCAGAUGGCGCUACAAGAGCAAGUGUCAUUGGUAUCCGAAUUGGAAGUCGAGAGAAAUCAACUGAAAGAACAGUUGGCAGAGUUGACCACCAAGCUGGAGAGUGCGGAGUAUAUGGGCGAUGCUUCGUCGAAUCUCCUGGCGAAAAGAAACGAGUUCAAAGUGAAAGAACUGGAAUCCAAAUUGGACCUAGAGCAAUCCACCCGAAGCAGACUAGAAAUCCAAAUCUCGCGGCUCAAGGAAUCCGUCGAAAAACUACAGUCGGAAGUGACAGCGUGGAAGACGAAGGAGCAAUAUGCUCAAGACCAGAUAAAGAAACUUCAACGUUCUCUCAGAGAAACUAAAGAGGAACUGAACAACGCGAUAUCCAAAGAGAUGGAGGCUAACCAGAAAAGAAAAGACAUGGAGAAGAGGCUGGAGAAUUUGGAAGCUGAAGCUGCUAGCGAACGGAACGAUCUGAAGUUGGCGAAGAAGCGAAUCGAGGACCUGCAGUUGGCUUUGCAAGGAGAGCUUGGGGAUAGUGUUUCAGAUCAUUCCGAAAGCGACCCUGGCGAUUCAGAUUGCGAUUCAGUCGAUACAUAUCUUCCCAACAACAGGGGUUCGUCAAUUGAUGGUAGAAGAUUCGACAACAUGAGCCGUUCCAGUACAUCGUCUAGCAAUCUAGGAAAAGAGGCGUCUUUCACCUGAGUAGCGCAGAAUCUGUGCCGCACAUUUUCUUGGUUCUUCUACCGUAGAGAAACACAAGGUGAAGGCACAGAGGAGGUGGAAGAAGUCGUCACAGAGUAUGUCUAAUGGAAACAUCUUCAUAGGAAGAUGUAAUAGAGAAAUUGUACUACUAAAUGAAGUGGACACCUUAAGAGAAAGAUCAGUUUGAAAUUCUAUUAUUUAUUGUACCAUUUUAAUAUUGUAAUUUUUGUAUAUAUUUCAUAGGGAGAUAGUUUUGAACCAUUUAUAUUGGUGGAGGAUAUAAUGUCCAUUGAUAUGACAAGAAUGUAUUUUAUCAUUUUUUUUUUUUUGUGGAUUUAUGAGUGUAUUUGUAUAUAAAUGCUCUAUAAAACACCACUUGUAUUUUAUCCUACGCAAUACGCUGCGUUUGUUAUUCUGGUCAAUAUCAUGAGGGCUAUUUCGAAAAAGUUCUCUAAGGCGUUUUUGUAAAUUUGAGUUAAAUAUAUUGUAUAGAAAACAUGUCUGUGUACCUUCUACUAACUAGCUUUGUAUACCUGUAUAUUUAUUACAUAAUUUGUUUUAAUAAACGCUCUAUUUGCUUAUCUUUAAGGAAAAUAGAGGAACUUUA